AUGAUGAACGACAUCAUAGAGGAACCAGAGAAGGACACCUUGCUGGAAGCGUAGCUGGAGCCUCAAGUUUUUUCGGGGCCCAGUAAUGGCACAAGACCUAAGACCGCCGAUGGAGGGAUCAGGCCUGUGGAGAAAAGAGGACCUUACAUCAUGUCCAGAGCUCCAGCAAUCCACCUCAAACUAAAGAAGCAUCAGGAACUGUUAAAAGAAGCCCUUAAACAGAAAGCCCAGAGGACGGUGAAGUAUAACAAGGGCUACGCCGCUUUGAGUCAGCACGCUGAGGACACUUUGGUUGCACUGGACUCAGACAAUGAUGAAGAGAUAGACUUUGAGCAGUAUUCCUCAAGAUAUUCUUCAGCUGAGGUCCAUCCUGAUUUAAGCAGGCAGCUGCUUCAGGAUGGCUACCGUCUGAAUGAGAUCCCCGAUGACGAGGACCUGGACCUGAUUCCGCCCAAAGCCAUGGGCUCCUCUGUGUGCUGCUGCCCCGAGGGCCCAUCCUGCUCCAUGCAGUGAUGCCGGUGCUGUGA